AUGAAUCGUUUGCAGAAGUACGUCCCUCUUGCUCUUCACUUGCAUCCUCACUCUUGCUUCGUCAGACUGAGAUCCAGGGAAGACGAAGCCUUGAAGUCGCAGAACAAGCAUGACCUGAUCAGCACUUGGCUGCGGCGCUGCCUCAAGGAAUGGGAGAUUGACAUCGACGAUCUGCCAGAUGAGUUCUCCAAGACCGUGAAAGGGCGGCAGGAGAUCAACACGUUCAAGCAGACUAAGAUUUACUUGAAGCCUUUGUUCAAGAUGCUCAAGACAAGAAGUUUGGAAGGAGAUAUCCUGGAACGUCUCGGAGAGAUCAUCAAAUGGUGCCGAAGACGUGAGUACACCAAGGCGGCGGACGAAUACCUCCUCCUGUCCAUCGGCAAGGCGGCCUGGCCCAUGGGAGUGACCAUGGUUGGUAUCCACGAGCGCUCAGCAAGAGAGAAGAUCUUCUCUCAGGACGUGGCCCACAUCCUCAACGAUGAGACUCAGAGGAAGUUCAUCCAGUCGGUCAAGCGCCUCAUGACUUACAGCCAGAACAAGUACCCCCCAGCAGCUUCACCAAGGCCAUCGAGCCCACCUGCAUCGACCAGCACGCCCCGAGCUACCUUCGAGAGGUGA